UAACCCCACAACGGUGAACAGAGAAAUCAAAGCUAGGGAGACAACAUUCGGACAGCGACACAUACCAACACUCCCGGGGGGAUUUGUAUUGGGAGGAAGAGGAGCAGCAGAAGGCGUCAGGUGUCUAUCCUGACGUACAGGUGGCCUGGACUGUCAGUGUACCGGCUGGGUUUACCAGAGAAUGUAGCUGCAGCCUAAAGCAUCGCCAUACGACACACACAGCCAUGGGAGAAGCUCAGAAGGGCUUGCUCUCAGUGAUCCAGAAGCUUAAGGGCACCACAGAGCAGGAACUGAGGAUAGUACUGCUGGGGCUGGACAACGCUGGCAAGACCACCCUGCUGAAGAGCCUGGCAUCAGAGGACGUCAACACCAUCACACCCACCCAGGGCUUCAACAUUAAGAGUGUGGCAUCCAAUGGCAUGAAGUUGAAUGUGUGGGAUAUUGGAGGUCAGAGGAAAAUCAGACCCUUCUGGAAGAAAUACCUGGACAACACAGACCUACUGAUCUACGUCAUAGACAGCGCUGAUAAGAAGAGGUUUGAGGAGACGGGAUUGGAGCUGUCAGAUCUGAUUGAGGAGGAGAACCUGAAGGGAGUUCCAGUUCUGAUCUUUGCCAACAAGCAGGAUCUGGCCACCGCCUCCCCAGCUAGUGAGAUUGCCGAGGGGCUCAACCUGCACACCUACCGGGAUCGGCAGUGGCAGAUCCAGGCCUGCUCCGCAGUCUCCGGGGAGGGCGUCCAGGAUGGCAUGAACUGGAUCUGCAACAACAUUGUAAAUAAGAAGAAGUGAGUGACCAGACCUCCACACCCUCCUCUGCUGGGAGAUAGACAAAGACACCUUUAUUUUUACACUGUCGGGUCAUGUUUUAUUACUGCAGUGUGUGUGUGUGUGUGUGUGUCUGUGUGAGAGUGUGUGUAGUUGUGUGUGAGAAAGAGUGUAUGUGUGCUUGUGUGUGUGAGAGAGUGUGUGAGGGACUCGGAGAACAUUCUCAGUAGCUGGAGUCAACCCUCACACCAUGAAACGCUGCACCAACGACAGAGGAAAAUCAGACCCUAAUCUGAAUAACCAUUUUUUUUUAUAUAUAUACAUAUAUAUAUCAUGUCUGAAUAUUAUCAAAUGAAAUCCUCUCUAGAUGACUUAGAAUUCAUUUGCUUUGAUCAAUUGACUAGUAUGUUCUUCAUGUGUCUGCCCUAUAUUUGGAGUCCCUUGUGAUUAGAGCAGUGAGUCAUGGUGUCGCUUCAUCAUAUAAGCUGCCCCAGUCUGUCCUGUGUACCAGCCUAAACAGUGCGUGAAGGAUGUAUGUUAACGUGUUGAAGGAUGACUGUUCAAAUGUUUUUUGACAUUAAAAGCAUUAAAAGCAUUUAGUCACA